AUGGCGAAGAGUAUUCUGGUUACCGGCGGUGCCGGUUACAUAGGGAGCCAUACGGUGCUGCAGCUUUUACUUGGCGGUUACGGCAUCGUGGUUGUUGAUAAUCUCGACAACUCCUCUGAUAUUGCUCUUAAAAGAGUUAAAGAACUCGCCGGUGAUUUCGGUAAAAACCUCGUCUUUCACCAGGUUGAUCUCCGGGAUAAGCCAGCACUGGAAAAAAUUUUUGCCAGGACAAAAUUUGAUGCUGUCAUUCACUUUGCUGGGCUGAAAGCGGUUGGUGAGAGUGUGCAGAAACCAUUGCUUUACUUUAACAACAAUCUCAUUGGAACAAUUACCCUGCUAGAAGUUAUGACUUCCCAUGGAUGCAAGCAGUUGGUGUUUUCAUCUUCGGCUACUGUUUAUGGUUGUCCAAAGGAGGUUCCAUGUACAGAAGAGUUUCCUUUGUCUGCUGCCAGCCCAUACGGAAGAACCAAGCAUGGAUUCUUUAUCUUUGAACGUAGCUGUCAUCUGACAAGCUUCAUCUUUCAGCUCUUCAUUGAAGGGAUCUGCUGUGAUAUCUACCGUUCAGACUCUGAAUGGAAGAUCAUUUUGCUUAGAUACUUCAAUCCAGUUGGUGCACAUCCAAGUGGUCAUAUUGGUGAGGAUCCACUUGGAAUUCCAAACAAUCUCAUGCCCUAUGUGCAGCAAGUUGCUGUUGGCAGGCGGCCUCAUCUAACCGUUUAUGGAACUGAUUAUUCAACUAAAGAUGGCACUGGGGUACGUGAUUACAUUCAUGUUGUUGAUUUAGCGGAUGGGCACAUUGCUGCAUUGCGUAAGCUCUCUGAUGCUAAUAUAGGUUGUGAAGUGUACAACUUGGGAACAGGAAAAGGUACAUCCGUUCUGGAGAUGGUUGCGGCAUUUGAAAAGGCAUCUAGAAAGAAAAUUCCCCUUGUAAUGGCCGCUCGGCGACCUGGUGAUGCUGAAAUUGUGUAUGCAGCAACAGAGAAGGCAGAACGUGAAUUGAAUUGGAAGGCAAAAUAUGGCAUUGAUGAGAUGUGUAGGGAUCAAUGGAACUGGGCCGGCAAGAACCCUUAUGGCUAUGGAUCUUCUGACAGCACUAACUAAAGUUCAUACCCGUAUCUAUCACAGACUGAUAUUAUCCUAGAAUAAGCUGCCGUGCCAUGCUGGUUUGCUUCUGUUUAAAAGGUUCAAUUUGUUGUCCCUAUUGUGGAAUAGGGACAAUUUUUGUAAGAUAACAUAUCGAUAUUCACUCUCUAACGAAGAACCCUUUUCUAA